AUGGCUCUGGAAGCUGACAAAUGUGUGUUCAAUGAUGUGGUGUAUCGCAGUGGUGAAACCUUCCAGCCCAGCUGUAAAUAUCACUGUACAUGCCAGGACGGGCAAAUCAGCUGUGUUCCCAGAUGCAACAAUGACCUGUUGCUGCCCAGUCCUGAGUGCCCCAACCCAAUCAAAGUGAAAGUGCCCGGUGAGUGCUGCGAGAAGUGGAUCUGUGACUCCAAAGAAGAGGUGGCGAUCGGCGGUUUUGCAAUGGCUGCUUACAGACCUGAAGCCACUUUAGGAGUCGCUGUGCCUGAUAUGGGUGGCAACUGCAUUACGCAGACAACAGAGUGGAGUGCGUGUUCCAAGACAUGUGGCAUCGGGCACUCAUACCGGGUGUCCAAUCGGAAUAAUCGAUGUGAAAUGCAGAAGCAGAUCCGCCUGUGUAUGGUGCGACCCUGCGAUGAGGAGAAACAGUGGCUUCUUGGAAAGGAAGGAAAAAAAUGCACAAAGGUGACAAGAUCAGAAAAACCUAUGCGAUUUGAAUACAAAAACUGCAUCAGUGUUCAGAGCUACACGCCCAAGUUUUGUGGCAGCUGCAGCGAUGGCCGAUGUUGUACACCACACAGCACCAGGACCGCCCAAGUGGAGUUCCAGUGUCCCAAAAACAGAGUCAUGAAAAAACCUGUGAUGUUCAUUAAUACAUGCGUCUGUCACUACCACUGCCCACGAGAUACGAGCCUCCUUCAGACAGAAAAUGCAAUGUUCCCGGGCCUGCGAAGACCAUUAUAA